UAUGAGAAUAGCCAGCAGAAGAAGAGAUAUGGAAGCAGGAAUGUGCUCAUACUGAAACUAUUUACUGUGUUCAUGUUGCUGACCCCUAUUAGCGUGAUACUAGAUGCUCGCCUCAGUUUUACUGUUGUCAAAGGAGUUGCAAUUACCUUGGCUUUUGCGAGCAAAGAGGAAUUGACGAGGUGGGCAAAACUAAAACUGCCAGAUUCCUCAGAACUGAGAAAGAAGUGUGAGGUUAUUAGUGAAUGGUUUAACCUCUUCCAAAGUACUAUUCAACAAUAUGGCAUUCUUGAAGACGAUAUCUAUAAUGGAUGA